AGGACUAACACUGGGUACAUUUCAAUUCUAAUAAUCCGACCCAAGGCUGUUCACUCUGCUUUACGGAGGAUUUAGAAGAAUUGUCUCUUACAAAAAUUUAGUCUCAAUCCAGCCCCACUCUUCGGCCCAAACAAUUAACUCAGUUGCUAGGACAAGACAUUUCCGGUUGCCGCGAAUUCUGGGAGUUUUCGCUCUCCCUGAAUCCGCGUUGCCAUAGUAACAGGAGACGCCGAACGUACUGCUGUUUUAGUUGUAGUUUCUCAAUCGAGCGAUUCCUAUUCAUUGCAUUAUAGGCUGCGUGUUUGCGGGUGCUCGUUAGUUUUCUCAGGGGUUGCUCGUCUGUGUGCAGGAGAGAGAUGCAGUCAGUCUGUGCUGAGUUUGUUGAAGAGAAAGAUCGCUGCCAGAUAAUGAAUUCACUUCCUAACGAGCACUGUGUGACCGACGGAAAUGCUGCACCAGUCUGCAAACCUUUGACUGGAAGUAACUGUAAAAAAAGUGGGGACUGUGAGGACAGCAGCAACAAGGAGAAGGAGACUGGGCCUAGGAUGACCAAAAAGGUCUUGCGAGAGAUUUGUAAACAGCAGAAACUAUACAGCACACCAUAUUUAAACGAUACGUUGUAUCUCCACUACAAAGGAUUUAUGUGUGUUGAGAAUCUAGAAGAGUACACAGGCCUGAAGUGUUUGUGGCUAGAAUGCAAUGGUCUGACGAAGAUUGAAAACCUGGAUGCACAGACUGAGCUGCGGUGUCUCUUCUUACAUCAAAACUUGGUUCACAAAAUUGAAAAUCUUGACCAUUUGCAAAAGCUGGACACUCUCAAUCUUUCCAACAAUUGCAUCAAGACCAUUGAAAAUCUAUCAUGUCUCAAGGUUCUCUCAACCCUUCAGAUUGCUUACAAUCAGUUGCAUACAUUAGAAGAUGUACAGCACUUGGAGGAUUGCCCAAGCAUCCGGGUCCUGGAUCUAUCCCACAAUAAACUGGAUGACCCUGCAGUAAUUAACAUCCUUCAGAAAAUGCCAGACUUGCAUGUUUUGAACUUGAUGGGAAAUGAACUUACAAAGAAGAUACCCAAUUACAGAAAAAUAGUCACAGUCCAAUUACAAAAGUUAACUUAUUUGGAUGACAGACCAAUCUUUCCAAAAGACAGGGCUUGUGCUGAAGCCUGGUUUAGAGGUGGUCGAGAAGCAGAAAAAGACGAAAGAGAACAGUGGGAAACCAGAGAAAGAAAGAAGAUCCAGGAUAGUAUUGAUGCUUUAUCUGAGAUCAGAAGGGCAGCAGAGGAGAGAAGGAACCAAAAGGAGAAAGAAGAGAAAGGGGAGCAGCCCAAAGAAAUUGAAGAAAAGCAAAUGGGUCAUUACCAAAAUGAGGAGUCUAAGGAAAAAAUCCAGCAGUUUGUAAAGGAGACGUUAGAGGCUGGUGAGGAAAUAUGUACAUAUUCAGACAUUGGUGAGAAGAACUCCCCCUCUGGUGCUUGCACCCCAAAUGUUAGUAUGCAUGAGCAGGGACAACAUGAAUUAUCACCUGGUGGAAAACUAGAAGUCAUUUACCAAAAGGAAGCUAAACUUCAUCAGCAGUCCACAUUAUGCACAGCUGAAACAGGACAAGUCUCACCUGUGGACUUGAAAGGUCAGUUUUCCUUAACAACGCGCCUGGGAGAUGAAGAGGAUGUCGAAACCAUUCCCCUUAGAGAGACAGAAAAGCUAUUUGUUGAUGAUUUGCCAGAUUUAGAAGAAGUAGAUGUUCCGGAACUUUUUGCAAGCGACAAUGCAAACAUGCAUAAGCAAAUAUACCGUCCAAAGAUUGAAGUGAUUUCUGGUGACAGAGAGGAUAGUGAUACUGAGUGGGAGAGAGAAAUAGAAGAACAAGUACUGAGCAAUGCGUUACAUUCAGUAUCUCUUACAUUAACUGAUCCCUUGAAGGGACAAUCAGCACCUGAACUUGACCUUUCAGGGCUUAAUGCAACUGUUGAGAGGGAUUCCCUGACAUACCCUCCUCUUAGACCACUAAUCCAAGUGUUGGAUUCUGAAAAUUCGCAUCAGGAGGAACAGGAGAAGAAUAUGGUUAUAGAGGACAUUCCGAUCGCCCCUACUACAAAUGUAUCUGAGUUGGGUUACCGAAAGAGUACCCUGAAAACAGCUUCCUUUUUACAUGUUCUACAAAUGGAGGAAGAAGACACAGUCUGGGAAUUGGACUAAAAAAAAUUGAUUUUUCUUUUGAUUUAUUUAUUUACUUUUAUGUCUAUGCAUCAGUAAGAAUGAACUCUUCCCAUCCUAAUACACUGUAUGCACUAAAGUAAAAAACCCAAUAAAAACUGCAGAAAUUUUGUCAAAA